CAAGGAUUAUGAUUGCGAAAGUCCAAGCAAGUCCGGCAGCGGCUUUGGGAAGGGGCAGAACUCCUCAGGAUCCCCUCUCAGGCAAUGCAUCCGUUAGAUCGAGCGACUCAGAGUCACCGAGGAAAAACAAGGCUCUGACAACACGUACCACUACGCAUACCAUCGAAGCAGAAACCGAACAUGCACCCGUGCAAUAUGUUCCUGAAUCAACAUUCGAUGGUUGGAAGUAUGCGGAGUGGAAGGGGGAGAAGGAAACGGAUGACAUAAAGUGUGACCCCGAGGCCGCACCGCAGAAAUACGUCAAUAGACGUGCUAGAGCAUAAGAAUGAAAGUUGGAUUCACAAAUUCCGUAGGAUGAACCAUGCGUCAAGGACCGAACCAACAGUGCAUGUACCGGCACUGCCGAGUUGAUCGGCAUGCGCCAAGUCCCAGCGGUCAGGCAAUAUGUUGUCCCGCAGCAAAUGAACUGGCGUGUGGGAAAAACAAAAAUGCUUUCUCCUGAAGAGGAUGCUGUGGCCAUUCAUUCGUUCUCGGCCCCGGCAUAUGCGGUCGACGUGAGCCGCACCAGACCCACUCGAUUUAUUUGCUUUUUAAAUCAAAACCAGAGUGAAAGUGGAUCGAAACGGGAGAAGGUUGCUCGCAUGAGUAUGACGCUUUUGAAAAGACAUCCCAAAAGGCGUGACACGUAUCUCAUUGGUGUAGGAGAUGGAAGGGCUUCUCCCGUCGGCCUCAUGUUGCACAAUAGGCACAGCGAUACGUGCACAAAUAUUACAACACGUACCAAACAGGGUUCUGCAUGUCCUAGCUUUGUACUGGAUUCAAAUACAAAAAUAAUAAAUGAUACAACAUGUUGAGGAGCGAGAGAAGCCCCCGAUAGUCUAAUGUGUUGCGUACAGCUCUCAGCAGCGAGCAUGGCACGCCUCCAAUGGGAUGUCUCCACAGAUUGUAGGCACAGACAACUUGUGCGCCAACGCAGCUGUACAUCUCGUCGAGCGUCGUUUUCACCAAGCGACUCUCCAUGCACUGAUUCACCUUGCUUGUGUAGUGGUGGAACUAACGUUCCCAGUGUGCCGGGACAAAUUUGCUUCGCCGCCACGCUUCGUGAACUGUCCGCCCAGGAGCAUCUAGCAGCGUCUAUCGACUUACGCCGUUCCCUCGCAGUACGCUUCCGUUCGCCAUACACCAUGCAUGACACUAAUACGUUCUUUCAGAGCCCCCGUAUUUUUCACAAACCCUCCACGCGAAAGUAAGCGGUGCGAAGGCAUGCGUCAUUCAACAAGGUUGUGCGACGCUCGCAGAUCGUUCAUCACAGAAACUUUCGUAAAUACUAGCAGAUGCGGCUGUUAAUCAAACAGUUGAUUUGAAACGUUCACCCACUGGUUGACUUGAUGAAACAACACAACAAUCAGUCUUCGCCCCGAUAGGAUUCCUAUUAAGCUGCUGUUUUCGUAGACAGAUGUGAUCGCCAGCCAAUGCACAAAACGUUUUUGAGGCAGAGCUAAGAACUAUGUCCCGAAAAACUCUCGUCACCUUGCUUGACUGAGAUCUGGCUUCUGUUUUAUAGUUGUAUAUUUAGAUAUACUUACGAUACAGACUAAGCUUCAGAAGCAUGGUAUCGUGGUUGCACCUGACUGAAGUUUCUCGGGCGUGCCGUCGUGAUACCUCUAGUCACUCCCCACGAUGGUCAUGCAUGUUGAGGAACUAACAGCAGUGACAAGACAAGCUUGUGUGGAAAUUCGUGAGAACAGUGACAUAUCCAGUUAGAGAUCCCAGACACAUAUCGCUCAAGAACACGGCAGCAAACCACACGGAGGAAAGGAAGACGGUGUCCGAAGUCAGAGAGGCUGCAUACUAUCCUCUGCGUGCAUCGUUAUCUUCCCUUCGUCGUCCGUAGUGACAGUGCAAACUACUGAAAACCAUUUGGGAUACUUUCCUCUCAGGUUGCUGGCUUUUUUUUGCGCUUUUGUUUCUUCUUGCUCCGGUGGCCGUGUGCAUGCAUUUCAGUCCACAAAUCGCGGAAUGUGCGCUUGCUGGGACACUGCCUGCACAGUGAUGCGUCUCCGCUGGACCCAUGGGCUAUUUUCUGCCACAAGAUGUUGUAAAAUCCGAAGAAUAAUUCGCUGCAUAAUAUCUUGAAAGCAAGUGUUUGGACAUCUUCGUCCUGACAACGCCGACGUUGUUUUCUCUCAACGAUUGGGCUUCGGGUUCGUUGGAUAUCCGACUAACCCAGGCGUAGACCUGCGCGUUCCUGUUUUUAUCAGCUUUUGCUCGCCCCCUCUUUCGUCUACGAGUGAAGCCUAUUUUUGCUGUCUUUUUCCUUUUUCGUUGCUCUCGCUUUCUCUGGGCGUGUUCCUUCCUGUUUGCGCAGCUGCCUCGACGAGAUUUAUCCGACGGUUGCCGUUCGUCCAAGCGACCUUUCCGGAGCAUUCUCAAGGACCGUCGUGGGUUUGUCUUGUCUGAGGAGCUUUUUAUCGCAGCUUUCUUCGUUUGUGUUGUAUUCGUUUUUCCCGUUGGAUGGCGCCGAUGACUGUGCCUAACCGCUUCCCCCGGUGCUUGCACCCUUUUCCCCCAGCGCUGCGUUGCGCAUCUCCAGCUGUCUGCGAAUGAUGUCACGGUCGCCGGCGUUGUCCCGCUCUCUGUCCACUUACCAAAAUGAUUGAUACGUCUCUGCACCAGCCUCUGUCGCCGCGAACUCGGCGUCCAUCGACGGAGGCGAGCGAUCGGACAGCUUCUGUCUGCCGGCCGGUCCCGACUUCCUCGCUUCUCCGGCGGCGCGACGGCGCGGUUCGCGGUGCCUCUGGCGUUCCUCGAUCGUCUAGGUGCACCUUUGCUCUCUCCUCGCCUCCCCGUACCUCCGCUUCCUCUGUUUCUUCGGUGUCAUCAACCUCCUCUUCUGCCGCCUCAGCCGCUCCCCCCGCAGGCUCGCGGCGCGCUUUCCGAAGAGAUCUGGACAACGCAGGCCCGGGCGUAUCUUCGCUGCGUGCGUACACUCCUCAGACGCACAUUUCUCAAGAUCUUCGGGCGCUUCCGUCGCCGUCCCGCGGCAUUUCUCCUGGGACGCCGUCGCUCGGCCAAGCCGCUUCACGUUCUUCGCACCUUGCGGCGCCUGCCAGCUGUCCAGGUUUCUCGUCCUCCGUUCUCUCGUCCUCGUACGAGGACUCUGUCUCUUCCCUGUCGUCAUCUCCAAACUCUUCGUCUCUCACGUCUCCGACGCCGCUGGAGGACAACGGCCCCGAGGAAGAAGGCCUCGACGGAGAAGACACGUUUCGCGUCUAUGCCGGCGAAGACUGUCCGUCUGCGCCCUUGACACCGUCGCUGGCAGCAGAGGGGUGUCUACCGCCCACGGCCUUUCUCCGGUCGAGCUCCUCCUCGUCGCUGACCCGAGGAGAAACGGAGGGGGCUCCUCGGAUCCCUUACCUAAAUCUCGGGGGCUCUGCCCAGCCCACGCUCGAUUCGACGCCUUCAUCCAGAGGGUCUCGCAGACUUCACCGGAGCGUCUCUCCCGCCUCUCCAUUGGCAUCGGAACACAAUCUCACAGCUUUAAGCAGGUAUGCACUUCCAGCUGCCACUCCCCCCUUCGCAGGCUUAAGGCGCAUUCCUGGACAUCCUGCCUACCGCGGCGCCCAGGGCGUCUUCGCCUGUUCCGCGGGCGCCGACGUCGAGGCCAGUGAGGCGGUGUCUUCGUCCGGAGACGAGAGUGUAGUCAGGGGUCGCGGCCAAGUCUCCUUUUGCUCCACUCGUGAGACCUACGAGGACAUUCGAGCAGGCAGGCUGUCCCGCUCUGACCUCGCGGGUCACCGCCCCCGCCACGGUGCAGCGUUCCUCGUCGACCCCGUUGUCUCCGCUUCCGUCUGCUCUCGGCCGUACACGCGGCGCCUCCGGGGCAGUGGCCGCGGCGUAGCUAGCCGGCGCUCGCGCGGUAUUGCAUGCGCGGAGCCUGCUCGGCCGUACGUCCAGGGAGCCGGAGAGGAGCGGCCUCCGCUCUCGCUGUCUCCCGGAAGCCUCGCGGAGGUCUCGCUCCGCGGCGAGGGACCGGCCUGCUCGCAUGUGCACCUUUCUGCUCCAGUCGACUUGCCGUCCCCGUCCUCGCUGCUUCUCCACCUCGACGAGGCGGCCGCGGGAGCGGCCAUCGAGGAGGACCACCGUGGCGGAUGGAGGAAGUUCCUCGCUUCGCUUGCGGCGAUGCGGGCGCGGAAAUGGAGUACGUCCGACGGCGUUGAAAUGAUGCCCUCUGGCGUCUCCGCCAACGCUCCAGGUGACGACGAAGAGGAUCCGCCGUCCGCUUCGCACUCGUCCUCCCUUAAGAGUCGCAUCUUCGAGGCGACUGCGGCCACUCGCAGCGCUUUCGGCGCAUGCAUGCGCCCUGGGCGCCUCUCGGGCCGAUGCUACUUCUGUUUGCACCUUGCGUCGCUCCUCCUGAUCCUCUGCGUCGUCCUCCUCGCCGGAACGCUCCAACACGACCAAAAGAUUUACCGCCUCCGACCCAAACAAGUCGCCGAGCUUCAGCUCCACACCACACAGCGCCUCAGAGACGCAUGCGACCGAGCAGCGAGGGCCAUUGCCCCGCCUCGUGACCUCGACGCGGCCCUCCAGGUCGCGUCUCGGUCCCCGUCUGACGUCUCUCUGUCUGAUCUCUCUCUCGAAUCUCGGAAGCGAGGUGCACAGAACGCACUCACGUCCACGCGGUCUUGGCACAGAGACAUCUCCUCUGCGUCCAUCGAGCGAAUUUGCCGGCACGUGCGACGCUUGUUUUUCUCUCCAGGGCACGCGGGAGAGGCGAGGGAGGACGACGAUGCAACAGCGCAUACUCAGUUUGUCGAAGAUUCAGGGAAAGAUGUCAGCGGCUCCUCGGCAGAGAGCAUCACGGCCACCAGCGUUCUGCGCUUUCUGAGGCCGUGUGCAGGCCAUGGGACUCAGCCGCCUCCGUGCAUGCCUGCGCCCACAGGCUCUUCGCCCCCGCCAGCUGGCACUCGGACCUGUCGAGCGCCGUCGUGCGGCUUCACCGACCUGUCUCAACUGUGUCUUCCCCUGGCGCCUCUGGCGGACGUGCAUGUGAAGGCGGGCGAUGCAGCUGGCCUAGCUGCAAAAGAAGAGCCCGGUGUACAGACACGCUGCGCCGCUCUCCGCGCUGAGACCCUCCAGACUGGUCUCUCCGAGACGUGCUCUGUCGCUGCCUCUUUUGGGGUGUGUGGGAAGAGCUUUUCGAGCGCAAGCUCUGCCACCCUCUCGGAUGAGAGACCGGAUUCUUCUCUCCCCAACACUUUUGGGUCUUCGGGGGUCUCUCCGUCUUCUGCAGGCUCUGGACUCGCCGCGCCGUCUCUGGCUUUUCCCCACAGCGUGUCACUUUUCUUCUUUCACCGGGAGGGCUUGCCUUCUUCUUUCCUGGAUCCCUCGCGCCCCAUUCUCGCAUGCACGGAGGCGGAUUCUCCUUUUCUGCAUCUUUUUUCGUUUCUCGGGACCUCUUCCGCGUAUCGCAUGCUCUCCGCGGCCUUCGUCUCUCUCCUCUCCUCUGCUUACAACCUCUUCUCUCUUACGGCGGGGGCAGAGCGCACAGAUGACGCAGCGGCGCCCGGCAGAGACUCCCGUCGCCGCGAGGAGAGCGGGAGGCGGAAAACGACAGAGUUGGUGGCAACGAAGAUCAACGAGGAAUCGUCUCUUGACCCUGUCACUUGCAACUCCCCCCUGCGAUUCUGCACAGAAAACGUCGGGGACGCGUCUCGCGACCCGCGAUUGUCGGGCUUUGAGCUGGGCCUCGUGUCUCUGCUCGAAGUGUCUCCGUGCCAGGGAGACUGCUCGGACCUGUGGAACGCUCCAGGAUUUCUCGGCGAGGGUGGCGUCGCGGCGCAAGCUCACCGGCACCGGGCCGAGAAAUAUGCGAGCGCAAUGCGCGCGGCGUUCGGGAAUCUUUUGCCGCAGUUCUUUCUCUUGAGCUACGAGAGUGCCCUCGCCUCUCGUGAGGAGACAGAGGCUGCUGCGACUUCUCGACUGCUCACGAGUUCCUCUGAGAACUCAACGGGACGCGCGGGCGCUGAGGCCUCCGAUACGUCGGCGCCGUCGCAGGAUCCUGAUCUCGCCGAAGCCCCGGUGACGUCGUUCCUUCCUAACUCCGGGCUCAUGUUCGACUUCGCGGUUUUCGCGACUCCGUGCUAUCCGUUUUCUCGGUUUCUCCACCGGCGCCUCGUCAGCUGGGGCGGCCUGCAAUUUCACAUUCUUCUCUUCGCCGGCUGGCUACACUCGCUGUUUGCCCCCGAGCCCCUCAUUCUUCUGCAUGUCCCGCGCGCUCUCUUCCUCGUCCUUGUCUCUGCGUACAGAGGCGCAGUUCUCUACGAGGGACUGAAUUGGAUCGAGAAGAUGAUCUGGACGCGGAAAGCCAGUAACGAGCGCUCUGAGCGCGGCACAGCCGGAGAGAAACAUACAAAGGCCGAGGCAGAGAAACGAGAGGAUCCCGCUCUCUUGAACACGGCGCCCUCAACUCUGGGGGCAGAGACCUCUGGACCCCACACUGAGGCAAAUGACGCCGAAGGAAAAAGAACGGGCGACUCACCGUCGACAGACCGGGAUGGCUCGGGGGGCAACGAGAAGAACGACGGAGGCUGGUGGGCGCGGAAAGACUUGAGCGAUCACGUCGUUUUGUACGUCAUGGCAAUCGUGUUUAUGAGCAUCGAAGUGGCGGCGGCUCGCUCGUCGCAUGCGCCGCCGAGCUUCUCACCCGAAGUCACGUCGGCAGACGGAGACGCGAGUCAGAAGCGAGUCUUCUCCAAGUGGCUGUCGUGUCUUCUCCCGCGCAGAAUCUCGUCCUUCGUCUACGGGGCCGUCUUCAUCUACUACGGCUUCCUUUUCGUCUGCUGUCUGCACAUGGCGUACUACACCGCCGUCUUCUUCCAUACGCCUGAGGAGAUCUGGGUCGGCCUCACCGUCGGCGUCUGCUUCCUAGUUCUCCCCAUCCUCGUGCUCCUCGAGGUCCUCGAGUGGCCUUCGCUUCAGCGCAUCGGCAUUGGAAGCGGCGAGAAAAAAGCCGCAGAACGCGCCGCCGCCGCCGCAGCAGCAGCCGCGACGGUGUCGGGGACUGGGGCGCAGGGCCCAGAUGGAGACACUGUACGCGUUUCUUCUCCUCGUAUGGGAAGGGCAAAGUCAGUUGCUAGGACGACUCAGACGCCGGAAGAAGCCGCAGCAGAUACCGCGGUUGCAGCUUCGCUCGAGAGUAGGGACGAGACGCUCUCGCGGGAAGCCUCAAGAAACAGCCAGGCAGCCACGUCAUUGGACGGAGACAUGCUGCCGGAGAAACCUGAUAAAGAAGAAGGCUCGAGGGCGGAGGAAACGCCGCGCACAGGCAUCGGAGAGGCAGGCGCUGCACGUUGGGACGAGGCCUCUCAACUUGGCGUGCUAACCGUGGGUGGGAAUCCUUCACGGAGGCACGCGGACUGCACGAUUGCUUACUUAGACCCGACUGUCCCAGGUUUUCCGCGUCCUCUUUUUCUCCCGUUUCUGCGCUCCGCACUCCACGAACGUCUGAUGAUGGACUGCCUGGCGAGUUGUCCACCGAUCCAAACCCUAUUUUGUCUUGGCCAAAAGAGUGUCUAG